AGAACUAGCACAGGUAGUAUGAAUCCCUUCUGAGUCCCGAAUCUGUAAAUACAGUAAGAAACGCAGUCUACAAGAAGAAAAGCAAAGCAGUUUGCAUACUCUAUAUGAAUUAUAUGAAAGAUCAAAAAUACACAUGAUGUCAUUGUUUGAAUUGGGGGAAGAAGUGGUUAUGGUUAUUCUGACAUCACUGGUAAUGAUGGAGAAAUAGCUGCUUUUAUGAUGUCAUAUUAAGGAUCACUACACGGGAUAUUUCAACAUAUUUCAUUCUACAGCUAAAGGAUCAGAACAGAAGGAAUGUAAAAGCAAAAUGAAAUCAAAUUUUUCCAUAUCAUGCAGAGGAUAUUUUGGGCUCAUGAUUUUAAUAAUUUGUUCUAAUAAUCCUGCUGCACAAUGGGAAAUAUGCUCUCUUUCUGUAGCGUUCUUUGUACAUUUUUGUUCUCAGACUUUUUCAUUGUGUUGCUGUGGAUACUCAGCUUUCUCUAUUUCCACAAGUUGGAGAAACCUUCAUACAUGCCACAUGGGAAAACAAAGAUAGAGGUAAAAAAUAAUAAUGAUAGUCCUUUUGCUAACAAAGUGAGAGACAAAAACACAGAGAAGUCAUCUUUUACAAGCAUUGAUCAUGCAGAGAAAUACAUUAAACUUUUAGAAGGCUGGUUGUUUGAACAAGAUAACUUCAAAGAGGAAUCAUCUUCAGCUGAGGAGCAUCUAUUGGAACUGCAGGCAAGUAAUAGCUGUAAAGUGCUGAAGAAGAUCCAGAUCGUCGUAGAGUCUAUUAGAAUAAAUAAUUCCUAUGGACUGUCACACAAUAUUUGCUCAGAUGAAUUUCAGAGAAGUUGGUAUGUCGUUGAAAGGUUCGAACAUAUUACGGCUUAUAUAGAUUUAAAGCUGUGUAUGAUGAAGGUUUUCAAGAGCCACUUUGACAUUUGGUUAGAACAGUUAAAAAGAUUAAAGAUCUGGUUAUCAGAAGCCGUGGAAAUACAGGAGAAACUCCACAGUGUGGCCUGUGAAAGUAAAUCUGCAGUUAAACAUCACCUUAAUAUGCAAGAGGUACUGUUAAAUGAAAGCACAUUUAUGAAAGAAGAACUGGAAAAGUGUGAAAUAGAUUCCUGCAAGCUUACUAUUAUCCUAAAGGAGAUUGGCUGGUGGUCAGACAAAUUUCAGCAGUCAAUGAUAAGGAAACAAUUUAAAAAGCAAACACAUGAGAAGAGAUGGAAUGACAUUCUGUGUGAUUCCAUUACUGAAGAGAUGGUGCAUUUUGCUGAAAGAUAUUCUUUAUUCACUAAGCUAAACCAAUGUUACACCACUCACCUAAAGGAUCUCCUGAAGAUGACAUUUCCAGAUCCAAGCACACCAUUGCCUGAAAGAAAACCAGCAAACUCUGCUGUCACUAUUUGUUGGAAGGAAGUAGAGAUUCAGGAAUUACUAAGCAAAGAGUCUUGACUUAAGAUUUAGCUACUUACCUGCCACAGAUUACAGUCUGAGCUGAAACAUUUCUGUCUGUUCCAGGGGAAUUGUUGCUUUUUCAACAAUGUACUACUGCAUGUGAGAAACAUAACAAACAUUAAAAAGGUUUAUAUGUCUUAUUUUUUCAAACAGUGUGCAGAAAAUUGUUCCUUUGGUACUUAUGUUGUACUUCUAAGGGGCAGAUUUCAAGUGUGAAAUCAAAGAUCAUUACAGAAAAAUUCACCCACUAUAUUGAUUUCUAUGAGAUUUUUUGAAGCAUAUUCAUUAAAUGGUGAACUGUAACUUUACCUAUUGAUAAAUAUGCUUCUAAAAAUCCCAUAGAAAUGACUAGAAAAUGGGUGAGUUUUGCUAUGGUGAGC